UUGAAGUGUAUAUAAAUAAAAGCAGUUGAGGUCCUUAUAUUAAACAUAUAAGAUACUGAUAUAUAAGGGGGAAGGUUCGCACGACAACGACAUAAAGAUGAAGAUGCACACGCAACAGCUGCUUUUGAUGCUUGUUAUCACGUGUGCUGGUGCAGGGAGUAGCUAUCGUGGAAGGAGUCGGCGGGCGGUUGUUGACACAACCAGACGAGUCGAAAAGGUGACUGAUAAAGUGUACGUUGCUAUGGGCGGGAACUCCCUUGGGAACUCCAUCAUGAUUAUAGCACCUGAUGGCCUGAUAAUCGUGGAUACUGGGGACAGUCACGAGGCGGCCAGUCUGAUGUUCGAGGACUUCCGGAACAUCAGUUCAGCCCCGGUCAAGGCCAUCAUCUACACGCAUCAUCACAUGGAUCACACGGGAGGCGCAACAGCCUUUGUUGAGAACUCCACCGUGCUCCCUGAUAUUUGGGCCUACAAGGACCUUGCCAGAAAUCUAGAGGACUAUUUCGCCUAUGCCACCACGGCACGGUACGCCAGGUCUAUGCGCCAGUUUGGAGUAUUCGUCAAAGGCAGCCAGAACUCGGUCGAAUUCGGCAAGACUGGGGCCACAUUUGGAUUCGUAUACCCAAACAAGUUUCUCAAUGACACGGAAAUGGACGCCAUUAUUGCAGGAUUGAAGGUUCGACUUGUCAGAAUUGAAGGGGAAACCACUGAUCACAUGGGUGUAUACAUCCCAGACUGGAACAUGUUUAUGAGCGGUGAUCUAUACUAUGAGGCUUUCCCAAACAUCUACACGAUUCGAGGAGUCAAGGUCCGGGACCCAAGGGCGUGGUGUAGGUCCCUAGACUACGUCAUCGAUCUAGGCUUGAACUACCUCGUACCGAGUCACAUGUCCCCCAUCAUAGGAAACCAAACCAUCACUGACCUCCUGGUCCCUCACCGGGACGGCAUCCAAUACGUCCAUGACCAGUCCCUCCGUUACAUCAACAAAGGGCUCACACCGGAAGAGGUCGUUCGCAAAGUCAAACUGCCGCCAUCCUUAGUCAACGUUUCUUCUUUGCAGGAGGAAUACGGCAUGGUAGGAUGGUCUGCUAAAGGUGUCUUCCAGAUGUAUUUAGGUUGGUUUAGUGGUGACCCUAUGGACCUAUUCCCUCUCACAGUAAGUGAAAAAGCACAACACAUGGCCGAUUUGGCAGGCGGUGGUAACAAUCUUGUCACAGCUGGUCGGACAGCAAUAGACCAAGGAAAUCCACAGUGGGCGCUAGAACUAGCCUCCUACGCACUUGCUCUGAACGCGACUGACGAGAUGGCGAAAAUGGUGAAAGUUGACAGUCUGAACGCUAUCGCCGACCAACAAAUCAACACCAACGCGAUGAACUAUCUAAGGACGUCCGCCCUCGAAACGACGGGACAAGUCGACCUUUCCAAGCAAGCGAUUGUAACCCCCGACCACAUGAGAACAUUUGACGUAGAACACUUACUUGACAUGUUGCCAUCUGCAUUCAUGCCAGAAGUCUGCGGGAAUGACACAUUCACAAUAGUAUUAAAUUUCACAGACACUGGGAAAAUCUUCUCCCUCCAAAAUCGUAAUUCUGUUCUUGUUGUUAGGAAAGACAAAGUUCCAGAGGAAUACGCUCUUAAAAUGGACGUCACCGAAGACCGAUUCAAAAACUUUGUUAUUUCACAGAUGAACCCAAGUCAACACAAUAAUGUUUUGUUUAGUAGUUACGGAUUCCGGCUACUGAAAAAGUGUUUUGAAAUGGGUAAAAUGUGAUCUGAUCUUAUUAUAAAUUGUAUUUUGCCGAAGUAUAUAGGGUAAUUCUUAAACAGUUAGCACGUUUGUGAGUCACAAUCACCACUUAUAUAUCAGAUACGAGAAUGAGAAGAUAUUUCGUUAUUGUCGGACAAUUAGAAUAAACACACUUAUGUAUCAAUCCGCACAUGCACACAUGUAAAGUAUAUAGAAAGCAUAUCAAUAUGUUUUUGUUGUAUUUCUGAUCAUAUAUCAUCGUAUACUCUGAAUAAAGACUUACAAUGUUA